GCCGCCGUCAUGCCGUCCCUCCUGCGCCUCUUCCUCUGUGGCCUCCUGCUGGCCUCUCCGGCCGACGUCCAACGCACCAGGAGACCCCCCUCGGCCCAAAAGAAGGCCAUCGAUGCCCUCCAGGUCCAGGAGGACUUUGACCCCGAAAAGUUUGCAGGGAACUGGUUCCUGAUCGCUGUUGCGUCCCGCUGUCCAUAUCUGGCCGAGAACCACCACCGCCUGGAGGCCAUCAACGCCGUGGUCAGCGUCCUGCAUGGGCCAUCCUCCGAGAAAUCCCUGGCCGUCAACACCUUCCGACCCUUGGAUGGCCACUGCUGGAACAUCACACAGACCUACGUCCCAAGCGGCAUCCGUGGCCGGUUCCACAUCAUAGGCCGUGGGCCGACCGUGGAAGCGGCGGUCGGGGAGACGGACUACAGUGCAUACGCCGUUCUCUUCCUCCAAAAGGGCCAAAGGAUCUCGGCCAAACUUUACGGACGAAGCGCCAACGUUGGAGACGCUGUCAUGGCGAAAUACAAGCGUCGCGUCGCGGAACUGGGAAUGGAUGAGGAUUUCAUUUAUUACUACCCUGUCUAUGGAUUUUGCAACAAGGCGGACUCCUUCCACACUUUGGACGAGUCAGAAUGAAUCUGGAUUUUGCAAAAGUGCGCGCUCCGUGUCGGAUCAGUCGAAACGCCGAACGCUUCCCAAAGCAUCUCCUUCUUUGCCAUUUUGAGCUUUUCUUCUGGACUGUUUGGUUUCAGAUUAAAACUAAAUGCAAGAAGAAAAAACAGAUAUUCCCCAAGUUUCCAAGGAACUGACAUUAAAAAAUUUGGGGCACAA